CAUUUCGAACUCUACUAUGGUCAUAAGUCUUCUAGCAAGGUUCAAUCUAAACAGUUACCUAUCUGCAGAAUGUUGCUCAAUCUAGCUUUACUAGCAAUUACAUUGCAUGAAAUUACGGCCGCUCCCACGACCGGUGACCAACGAAUCAUCAACGGCACGGACACAACUAUCGAAGAGUUUCCGUUUAUGAUUUCACUACGAAGCUCAACUGGAAGUCACAGUUGCGGAGGAAGUAUCCUUUCUAGUUACUGGAUCCUGACGGCAGCCCAUUGCGUUAAUGAACAAACUACACCGGGUCGGCAGACGGUGCAGGUUGGACAAACAAACAUUUCAAAACCGGUUGACGAGUCGGUGCAUGAAAUUGAGUUGGUUAUUUCGCAUCCAAAUUAUGAUUCUUCGGAUAGUUACGUCAACGAUAUUGCUUUGAUCAAACUGAAGGAUCCGCUAGAGCUGGGAGAAACCAUUCAAACGGUUUUGCUUCCACCUGCCUGUUUUGAAGUCGAGGAACCAGACUUGGGUGUAACCUUGAUCGGCUGGGGAUAUAACAACGAUGGAAUCAUUUCAACUACCCUGCAGAGAGUGGAAUACUAUGUGGUACCGAAUGAGGAGUGCGAUUCUAUUCACAGUAAAACAAUCUAUCCGAGUCAGAUAUGUGCAGCGGAGCCGGGUGGUGGCAAGGGGCAAUGCAGUGGAGACUCCGGCGGCCCACUACUGCAUGAUGGUGUCCAGGUGGGAAUCGUGUCCUGGAGCAUCAAACCGUGCACUAUUGCUCCUUAUCCGGGGGUUUUAACGAAAGUGUCCCACUUUUUGGAAUUUAUUUAUGAAAACACAGAUCUGGAUCCACCACAGGGCGACUUACGACAGUGUUCUUAGUUUUGAGGUAAUGAAUUGUUGUUGAUUAGUUGUAUUUUAUUUAUAAAUUUGAAGCGAUUUUCAAUAAAAAUAAAAUUGUUAUCAUCA